AUGGAGUCAAUAAAACAUACACUGGACGAGCUCACUCAAAUUUUUAAUGCCAGAAUGAAUGACUUCCAGCGUGAAUUGAAAGGGAGUAUCCCUGCUGCGAGCCCCACUUCAAAUAUAAACUCACAAUUCCACUCCUUUCGUACAUUUGUGCUCACUGCUCUAGAAAAUCUACACCUUCAAGUGGAAUUCCUGUCUAAGCAGCAAGAUGAUUUGGAGAUGCGCACCCGGAAAAAGAUUCUUCUACUGCAUGGAGUCCCGGAGGAACAUAAAGAAGACUCGGCUGCUCGUGUUGCUCAAUUGUUAAAUAAACAUCUCGCUCUUACACAACUUACAUCUAGUGACUUAACUCUCUGCCAUAGGCUGGGUAAUCCGAAAACGGGCAAGUCACGAGCAAUUCUCAUUAAGUUUAAGGAGUUCUCCCUCAGAAACCAGGUGUGGACAUCAAAAUCUAAUUUGAAGGGCACUGGUGUAACUAUAUCCGAGUUCCUAACGAAAAGACGACAUAAGAUCUUCGUAGCAGCUCGCCAACGCUUCGGAGUCGCAAAAUGCUGGACUCGUGAUGGUGUCAUUUUUGUCCUGAGCGCGGAUGGAACAAGACAUCGUUUGUCAAGCAUGCCAGAUCUAGAUGCAGUCCCCAGCUCCAAUGCCAGCACUUCCGAGGCUUCAGUCAUGUCUCCGAAUGAAGAUGUCUCUAAACCUUCCAAGCCAACCAUAACGAGAACCAAAAGGACUGUGAAGAAAUAG